AUGAUUCCCGUUUCUGUUGAAGAGUUACGCCAAGCUGGAGUAAUAAUUAUUAAAGCCGCUCAACGCCAUGUUGAUAUGAGUGUUUCGAACUCCGGUCCUUUAGCAAACCUGGAUCCAUAUAAAGAUUCGGAGGAAGUUAUUAGAGUUGGCGGUCGUCUUCAGUUGUCAAAUCUGGCCGGGGAGUGCGUACACCCUGUAGUACUACCGAAAAACAAUCAUGUUACAGAUUUGAUUGCCAGAUAUUUUCAUCAUAAAGUUCAUCAUCAAGGAAAGGGUAUAACCCUAAGUGAAAUUAGAGAAAAUGGAUACUGGAUUCUCGGUGCGUCCUCGGUUGUCUCUCGAGCCAUAAGUAAAUGCGUGACCUGUCACAAACUACGUGGAAGUGUUCAAGAGCAGCGUAUGGCUUUAUUGCCACCCGAUCGUUUAGAACCUGCGCCGCCCUUUACAAAUUGUGCUGUCGACUACUUUGGGCCUUUCGUUAUCAAGGAAUGUUGCAAGGAACUUAAAAGGUACGGAGUUCUGUUCACAUGUAUGGCAUCCAGAGCUGUACAUAUCCAGGUCGCAGUAAGCCUUGACACAGAUUCCUUCAUUAAUGCACUCCGCAGAUUUCUAAGUAGAACAGGUCCCAUUCGGCAGUUACGAAGUGAUCAAGGUACAAACUUUGUAGGAGCUAAGAGACAAUUAAGAGAAGCAUUGGAAGAACUAGAUCACGAUAAGAUAAGACAGCAGUUGCAACACGUCAACUGUGAUUGGUUUGAAUUCAAUAUAAACGUUCCUUCGGCUAGUCAUAUGGGUGGCGUGUGGGAGCGACAAAUUCGUACUGUUAGAAAUGUGUUGUCAGCGAUUCUCGAAAGGAAUGCUGCCCAAUUAAAUCAUGAAGCGCUCCUGUCUUUCAUGUGUGAGGCAGAAGCCAUUGUAAACAGCCGUCCCCUCACAGUGGAGUACAUUAACGACCCUAAGUCUCCAACCCCAUUAACGCCCAACCAUCUGCUAACCAUGAAAACUAAAGUAUUGCUACUUCCACCUGGUGUUUUCCAAUCGGCAGACAUGUAUUGCAAGCAGAGGUGGAGACGAGUUCAGCAUCUAGCAAAUGAGUUCUGGAUUCGGUGA